AUGGCAGUUCCAGGGUACUAUGAGUUAUACCGUAGAAGUACUAUUGGAAACAGUUUGGUGGAUGCGCUAGAUACGCUAAUUAGUGAUGGUCGUAUUGAAGCCUCCUUGGCCAUGAGAGUGUUAGAAACAUUUGAUAAAGUAGUGUCGGAAACUUUAAAGGAUAAUACAGCAGCUAAGAUGAGUGUAAAGGGGAACCUUGAUACGUAUGGGUUCUGUGACGAUGUUUGGACUUUUAUUGUGAAAAAUUGUAAAGUGACCGUAGAGGGGAAUUCUAAUAUAAUGGAUGCUAACGGUGAAAGUCAAAAUGUUAUAACGGUGGAUAAACUAAGAAUUGUUGCAUGUAAUUCAAAGAGAAGUGAGUGA